AUGGCAAACAGUAUGACAAACUUAAUGCAAUUUGCAUUCAACACCUUUUCAUUGAAUGAAGUUACAAAACAAGAAGUACAAGAAGAGUAUUUCGAUAAAAUUGCGUAUUUGACAUUGGAAUACACACCCAAGGAUGAAAGCGUAGAGAGAGCAACUCAAACAUUCUACUUUGACCUGUUCUGGGAAACAACACCUGUGACGUGCCUGAAUUUCGCCAAGUUGUGUGAGGGUGUGACUGAAGAUGUUGGAUACAAAGGUUCCAAAUUCCAUCGAGUUAUUUCUGACUUUAUGAUGCAAGGCGGUGAUUUUACUAAAGGAAAUGGAACAGGCGGACUAAGCAUUUAUGGUGAGCACUUUAUGGAUGAGAAUUUUAAACAGGGCCAUUCAGAGCCAGGUCUAUUGAGCAUGGCUAAUGCAGGCAAGAAUACAAAUGGAUCGCAAUUCUUCAUAACAUUUAAGCAACUGUUUUACCUGAAUGAGAAGCAUGUUGUAUUUGGUAGGGUUGUACCUGAACAGCUUGAUCUCCUAUUGGAUAUGUUCAAUGGCUACAAAACAACAUAUGAAGAUGUGCCAAUAAAGCCGAUUAAAAUCAAAGAUUGUGGUCUAAAGAAGAAGGAUGAAACGGUUUUGUAG